CAUUUAAGUUUUCUCUUUACGCUGUUCCUGGGACACUAUUUGUCUCGCUGUUGUGGAAAGAGAAUGAGAGGGAAGGAGGGGUGAAGACUCAACUUCUGUCAACCGAAACGCUGUCUUUUAUACCAGUAACGAAAUUCUCGGCCUGUUUUUGGCGUUUGUUAUUGACGUUGGUCAGCUGAUCGACUCUGGACUUUAUCUGUGAUUAACAACAUCUAAUGGGAUUAAAUAGGCUCAAGUUACCGAUGCCUACAAACUGUCGCAGUCCGUUAUAUUGAACUGCAUCAGACAUCUGAGAGAACGCCUAAACUUUUUGACGGAUAGAAGUUUGGAUGAAACGUCCGACGUCUUGACAUUCGCGCACCAUUUGAAGAAAAACGAAUGGAGUAUAGAAAAGCUUAGGAUAAAAAUUUAACUAGCUGCUUGAUAUUUGUGGAGUUGUUGUUUAGAGAUGUGCUAUUCUUGCAUAUCCGUCUGCCACGUUUGAAGACGCAAACGAAUCGAAACCGUCAGUUUCCUUUAAACAAGGCCAACUCAUAUUUAUUAUCUUUUACAUGUAUGGGUUUCCCUUUAAACUCGACCAUGAGUGAGUUUGACUGACGUAAAUGCUGUUCAAGUUGCGCAGAAAGAUAAAUCCACCCAUUACAGAAUGCUGGAGUGAGAGCACUGAAGAUGGCAUCUGCGAUUUUUGAGGGCACAUCCCUGGUGAACAUGUUCGUGAAGGAUUGUUGGGUUAACGGGAUCCGCAGGCUCAUCAUUAGAGGAGAGGAAGAGGAGUUUUUUGAAAUAAGGACUGAAUGGUCGGACAGAAAUAUACUCUACCUGCACAGAAGCUCCUCAGAUUUGGGAAGACUUUUAAAAAGACUCCUGGAGUGUUUCCCCGAAGACAGGCAGGAUUUAUUAAAGUCCCCUCUUAUAGAAGGGCUUGUCAAGAUUAAAGAAGCAAGAGAUAUUGAGUCAAAGCUAAAUGAAGUGGAGCGACUGUUGAAGAAUGCCAUUAACAUGCCCUGGAAGUUUUCUAGGUCAGAGGUUGUCUUAACAUUCUUUGAACGCUCACAGCUUGACCAGGUCCUGAAGAACGACAGUGUCCACAAAAUUCAGCCAUGCUUUCAAAGUCCAGUUAAGAUUUCAGAGAUCAUGAGGUCUAAUGGGUUUUGCCUGGCAAACACAGAGACGAUUGUGUUUGAUGAGAGCAUUCCACUGGACAAAGAGAGACCCUCCUCCACUGACUCAGCCCAGCACUCGUAUGAUGAGGAUGGGAGAGAAUCUUUGGAUCCUGUAGAUCAAGAUCUGAGUGACGACGAUCCUGAAGCAUACGUCACUAACCUGUCCUACUACCACUUGGUUCCCUUCGAAACUGACAUCUUGGAGUGAUGCACACAAUUCUGCAUGGGUGGAAAUUUACAGGAGACAAUAAAUCCCACCUAAACAGUGCGGAUAUCCAACAUGUCCAAUUUCAACAAUUUCUGCCAAGCAAUGGGAUGUGCCAACUAAUGCUAAUGACGACUGGAAGAGUCUGAAUGCAGAGAUCACUGCUAGCUUCCUGCUUUGGCUUUAUCCAUCAAAUUUGUUGGUCUGAGCCCACAAAGACUCUGUAUUCACAUAUGUGCCUCAUUAUUCAGCCUAUAGUCAUGCUGUAGCCAUGAAAACGUACUAGGAACCAAAAUAAGGAUGAAAUAAGCUGCUGUUGCUGGUGUACAGAUUGAUGGUGGCCUGAAAGUUUUGUUUCAUUUGUUUUGCUUGUAAAACAAAAUUGUUUUGCAAAAUUAAGGUUGCAAAUGUAUAGAAGUCUUGUCAGAGAAUUUAAAUCACUCUUAAAAGAUAAUUUUAUUAUCUUAUGACCUCUUUUCUACUGAAUGAAUGUGGACAGUAGCUGAACUUUCUUCUUUUCUCUUGAAUACAAAGGGCUUGGACUCUCACUUGGCACACAGCUCCUAGUCCACACAAAUACAAAUACAAAUACAGACAGACAGACACACACAUCCCUACUUUGUAAUAGAGUCAUGUUUCCCUGCUAUCCGUGAGAAAGUUCUGCUCUUUUUUUUUAGUUAACAAAUUGUGUAGCUUUAGUAAUCUGCUCUCACUUUUACAUCAUAGAUAUGAAGAAUAAAAUGAUCGUAAGUGUGGGA